AUGAAUACCCCGAUAUGGGUUUUGGUUGCUACGCUUUUUGCCGAAUGCGUUAUGGCAAGUAUUUUCGUAAUCAAUGGAGGCAUCAGCAAAGACAACGCUCAAUGGCAACAGCUAGCACAGCAGCUGCAACAAAUGCAACAACAACUUCAACAACAGAGGCACCAACAAGCUCAACAGCAAGGGGGACAAACAUUCCAAAUAGGAGCAUGGAAUUUUCAACCAGGACCAAACCAAAUUCCCCUAUCUGUGGUCUUGGAAAUUGAGCGGUGA